CCCAAUGGUCAUUCCCUAUUCGAACAACAACGAUCAUCGGCGCCCGCGCCCUACCCACAAAACAAAAAUGAACGGUACAUGAUAUGAUAUGGUACAAAACAUGAUAUGAUAUGAUAUGUAUGACAAGGCAGAGAUUCCAGAGGGCGACAUCAACAGCGACGCGUUCCCCCUUCUUCAAAGUCCAAAUAAGGCAAGAUAUGGAUAUGAAUGGAUGACUCGGCCUCGCCAGGGCAGUCUGUAUUGGGUUGUUUGGACCCGAACGGUGUUGACAUCUGAGCGGGGGGUGCUUUCGAGAUAGGGCGUAGUAUGGGCUGAGCGCGUUUGUGUGACUCCAAAUAGGCCGCACUCUGCACUCCACACUCUUUGAUGGUUCAUCGUUCAUCGUUCAUCCUUCCCCACCCCCACCUCCAGCUCUUCCCGCUCCCCAACCUCCCCAAGCUCCCCCCCAAGACCCAGAACAGGCACAAGCAACGGCACAGGCACAGGCACAGGCAAAGGCAAAGGCACACCCUUCUCCCAAACACUGACCCUCUCGACCCGUUCCAAGCUCAGGAGCGCCAGUUCCCUGGCCCGGUGAGCGGAGGAGGCUUUUUCUCUUUUG